AAAUGAGCCAGAGUCCGGCAGACAUCCCGGUGAGCAAACGGGCGAUGGUAUGACCUUGAAAUCUGUCACAGCCUAAUUCCUUGGCCUCCUCAAAGACAAACUGAAGGACUCCGAGGGGAGCCUGACAAAUGACUAAAUACCCAGUUAAAAGGCUGCUGGCCUUCUUUGGAAAUGAGUGACUCUGAUGGACUGAGGAUCGAGUAAACCUUACAUACGGUUAUUUUUUUAAUUUAGGAGAAAUGGACCACGAAUUACAUCUGGAGGGAAAUGUUACUUUUUUUCCAUAGAUUAUGUGAAUUCAUGUCAGACGAUAAAUAACCGUAGUCCAUUAUUAACAAUUACAUCAACAUCAUUUUGUUUUUUAUCUCCCUCCGCCUUUUGGAGUCUGAUAUUAUUUUCGUGAAAUUCAAUAAUUAUUAAAAGUAAAACAAAUACAUCACUGAGACAUUAAACGCAUGAGAAUGCACACUCCGUCCACUAGGUGGCGGUAAACUUAAAGCUGGGUUAAAUCUGCCAACCAAUAAAAUGGAAGGAGGACGGCCGCGCUGUAGCUCCUCCCACCACGAGAUGGCGCUGUUAGACCUGACUGUUGGCCGCCUUCCGUCGACUCUUGUCGUCACACGUUGACUGUAAACAGCAGCCGAGGUUGAGUUUUAACAUGGAUUUCAAUAAUUUCCUUUUUUAUAAUUACAGGCGGUGUAUCCGGAGUUCCUUUUUAAUGUAUCGCCAUCAAACAAUUGUUGUAACUGAAGGGGAAACAGUUGGGCUAACUUCACCGACCGUUAGCUAACUAGCAACUACUCUUUUUUAAGGCCGACUCGUUUAUCCAGCGUUGCUGUUUAAGUCGCUCGGGACAAGCGAAGCGUUUGACCACCAUGAUUAAAUGUCUGCCCGAAGACGUGCGGGGGAAACUUCGCUCCGGCGUCGCUAUUCCCUCGCUCCAACAGUGCAUAGAGGAGCUCAUCCUCAACAGCGUGGAUGCCGAGGCCACCUGCGUGGGGGUCCGGAUGGACAUGGACGCGUUUAAAGUCCAGGUCGUCGACAACGGUGCCGGGAUGAACGCCGAGGACAUGGAGCGCGUGGGAAACCGAUACCACACGAGCAAAUGCAGCACCGCCGAAGACCUGGACAACCUCCGGUGGUAUGGUUUCAGGGGGGAAGCCCUGGCGAGUGUGGUCUCGCUGGCCACGCUGGUUGAGAUCUCAACCCGGACCAGGUUGUCGGUGAAAACCCACGUCAAAAUCUUCAAGGACGGCCAGGGCAUGGGCGUGUUUGAAGCGGAGGCUGCCAGGCCGUCUUCCGGGACCACCGUGGUCGUUUGCGACUUCCUCCACAACAUGCCGGUCCGGAGGAAGAGGAUGGACGCCGUCCUGGAGGGCGAGAGGAUCAGACACCGGGUGGAGGCAGUUUCCCUGAUGCAUCCCUCCGUGUCCUUCACCUUGAAGAAUGACCGCACAGGAGCCGUGAUGGUGCAGCUUCCCAAAGCCACGAGCACCUACCACCGGUUCGCUCAGAUACACGGCCUCGGGCGAGCGCAGAAACUCGGAGAAAUCCGGUGCACGCGCGGGCAGUUUGGAGUGACGGGUCACGUCGGCAGAGAAGGCCACUACAGCAACAGCCUGCAGUUCCUGUAUGUCAACGCCCGACUGCUCCAGAAAACGCGGAUACACAAGCUCCUGAACUUCCUCCUCCGCAGACUGAGCAGCUCCAAUCCGAAAAGUGACAGCCCGCACGGGCCGUCCGUUACCAGGAGUCCGAAGCACAAGCGUAGCCAAGAACUGCACGCCGUGUACGUCGUCAACAUCGAAUGCCCUUACUCCGAGUACGACAUAUGUCUCGAGCCUGCAAAAACGCUGAUAGAGUUCAAAGAUUGGGACGGGAUCCUGCUAUGCAUGGAGGAGGCCGUCAAAGCUUUCCUGAGCAGGGAGAACCUGGUGGCUGUGCUUCGUCAGGAUGACUUGGACUGCGAAGCUCCCACUAUGUUAUGCACUCGCGCAGCAGACCACGGGGCACACUACACGGGCAAUGGUGGGACAGGCGCUUGCAGAGCUUCCUCUCUAGAUUGUGCUUUUGGCAUAAAGCUGGCAUCUGGUGCGGUUUAUCGAAAGCGCAAAGAUGGCCGCGUAGGUGAGGAUGGUGUUGGCGAGGAGUGUGGUCAGACACGGGGCCGGGAAGAGACUAAAGACCCGGAGAGGCAAAAGGGAACUGAAAAAGAGGGGGGGGAGACGCAUAAGGAAGAGAGCUUAAACAAAGCAAAUAGAUCUGAGGCGCUGUAUGAUCAUGUUAGACUCAAACCUCCAUCUGAUGGUACAAUUACAGUGGAAGAGGAGAGAAGCUUUAUUGAAGCUGGGGAAGACCCUCCGGUGUUACCUGUGUCGAAUUCAGUCGGACAACCAGAGAGUGAAAAACUGGAACCCUCAAAGGAAAAAGAGCUCUUGUUGAGCACUAAUACAUCAAGCAUCAGUGUGAUUCCACUAGAAAGCAUCCAUCAACAAACUCAACCUCAUUCAAGCAAAGUUGAGCAAAUAGUACCUGACUGCCAGAGUGCAGGAGGGCAUGAACAUACUUUAAUCAGUAACAGAAGGAUCAGCCUGUCUCAUCCAUUCAUUCAUGAAAAUCUGCUGACUCGGGACGUGGCCCAGAUCAACAUAUCUGUAUUGCAGCAGCAGGAUUCCGCAGCGAAAACUGAAGAGAGACCCUUUGCAUCAAAGCGCAAAAUCUCCCUGUACGGCGGAACCUGCCGGAAACCAUCGGAAGAAGUUAUCCCCAAAAAGAUUCUCAGGGUGUCCUCUUGUCAAAGGUUGUCUCUGUGUAAGGAGCCUGGAUCCCUUGAGAAGUUUAGAAGAAUUUGUGGUCCAGCUGGUGAGCUGAAAUUUCCCCCUCAAGAGAAGGAGACCAGACUUCCUCAAAUUCAGCGUUCACACAAUUGGCCUGUUUGCCAGAAGGACCAGCGCGAUGGCGGCGUUGACGCAACGGAAAACGAAGAGAUGCGGAGUGGCCGGCGACGCCCGCCGACCUCCUUGGCCCCAGCUAACUUAAAACCCGUCUCGGGGCAGAGCAGAGCGAAAUUGUCUUUGGCGGCUAAACUUUUCUAUUUGACACAACACAAGACGGAGAAGUCAAACGUUUCAACCCACCCGCCGCGGGCCACCUCACAGGACGGUACCCGUUGCCGUGGCGACGGCGUCGACAACGAGGAGCAGUGCGACGCGGCAGCGAAUCCCGAGCCGGUCCUCGGUCGCUGUGAAGACCCUCUACUGGCCGAGGAGGAGGAGGAGGACACGGCGUCGGGCGACUGGCUUCAGCACUACGAUGCAUCUGUUGGAAAGACCGUUUACAUCAACAAAACGACCGGGCUCAGCCGAUACGAAGGCCCGGCCGGCGAGGAAACCCGGGCGUGCUGUACAUCGGAUGUCACCAACAUGGCCGUCAGUGUCGUCUCUGAAAUGGGGCUGGAAUACAGAUGUUACCCAUUUCAGGUGAAGCUAGUGUUGCCCUUCCUCCCUAAAUCCAGGACAGAGAGAGUGGUUAGUUCAGGGCUUGAUGACAGAGGUGCCCCACACACAGAUCAGAUUCUAGAUGACGUCGAGAGGACCAACUCGCUGAAGUCUAUGUACUCCAAAUGGAAUAAUCCUGUUUUUGUCUGCCCUUCUAAGGUUGGCGUGGACAUCUCAAGUGGGCGAGCCGACGGACUCGCUGUCAAGAUCCACAACAUCCUGUUUCCGUACCGUUUCUCUAAGGCUAUGAUUCAUUCAAUGAAGGUUAUUCAUCAGGUGGAUAAGAAGUUUCUUGCAUGUCUCAUUGACACGAGGGAUGAGGAGUCUGCAGCACUCGCUGAAUCUGAAGGAAACCUUCUGGUGCUGGUAGACCAACACGCUGCACACGAAAGGGUUCGACUUGAAAAUCUACUCGCAGAUUCUUAUGAGGAUGACCCAGAGGCGCCCGGGGAGAGACGUCUGUGUUCAUCAACCAUUUUGCCUCCUCUGGAGAUCAGCGUAACGGAGGAAGAGCAAAGGCUGCUGAGGUCUUGUGAAGCACAUUUGCGUAGCUUGGGCCUGGAAGUGAAGUUCUCAUCGGCAGCGAAACCACAGGCUCUUGUGGGAAAGGUGCCGCUGUGCUUCAUGGAAAAGGAAAGUAAUGAGGUCCGGCGGGGCCGACCAUCCGUUAUCAAGACUAUUGUUAAGGAAUAUCUUCAAGAGCAGAUUGAGUUGCUCCGCUCAACUGGUAGAGUGAGAGGAUCUCUGCCUCUCACUGUGCUGAAGGUGCUGGCCUCGCUAGCAUGCCAUGGUGCCAUCAAAUUCAAUGACUCCCUGAGUAGAGACGAAUGCUGCAGCUUGGUGGCUUCCUUGUCCUCCUGUCAGUUGCCCUUCCAGUGUGCCCACGGCCGACCAUCCAUUGCUCCCUUAGUAGACACCCUCCAUUUGGACAAUGAAGAGAAGGAAAUACAGAAACCCAACCUCCAAAAGCUGAGAAGAAUGUAUAGAUCAUGGGAACUAUAUGGAAAUAGAUAGGUCAGCAAAGUCAUCCGCAGUGGACCGUGAGAGGUGCUUUAGCUCCGCCUCACAGGGGGUCAGUCUGUCCAAUUUUUCAAUCUGACAAAGGUUGCAAGAUUUUAUUUUUGCCGCUCCAUCCUUCCGUAGUUUGGAUUAAUACGAAUGGUACUGGUGAUAUGUAAUUGCAUUGACACGACCCCUCACCUCUGUUGUUUUUGGCUCCCACAUCAUGCUUCAGGCUCAGCGUGACCAUUCGGUUAAGAACCACAUUCUGAUUAAAUGGCACUCUGUUCAUAA